AUGAAGGAAAAUUCUCUUCGAGUGCAGAAACGACUUGCCUCAUCAAUUCUCAAAUGUGGUAACAAAAAAAUUUGGCUUGAUCCAAACGAAGCAAACGAAAUAUCGAAUGCAAAUACACGUCAAAGUGUACGAAAAUUAAUUAAAGAUGGUUUAAUCAUCAAAAAACCAGUUGCUGUACAUUCACGAUUUCGUACAAGAAAAAAUAAUGAAGCAAGACGUAAAGGUCGUCACAUGGGUCAUGGUAAACGAAAGGGUACUGCAAAUGCCCGUAUGCCGACGAAAGUGUUAUGGAUGCGUCGUAUGCGUGUACUACGUCGUUUACUAAAAAAAUAUCGUGCUGCAAAAAAGAUUGACCGCCAUUUAUAUCAUGAACUCUAUUUAAAAUGCAAGGGUAAUGUAUUUAAAAACAAACGUGUACUAAUGGAAUUUAUUCACAAGAAGAAAGCAGAAGUACAACGAUCGAAAAUGUUAAGUGAUCAAGCUGUUGCGCGUCGUGAACGAACAAAAGAAA